GGCCCCGAGAGGCCCCUACGAUCCCCAAAAGAGCACCCGAGAGGGUCCGCAGCCAUUUUGGCGCAAGCCAUCUUGGCUUACGCUGGCACGUUUCGAGCAGAGCUGUUUCAGCUGCUACUAUCCGGGCUCAGGUGGCCAUGGCGGGCGGGACCAUGUUCGGAAUGAUCAAUUUUCCCAUCACCACUCUGAUGCUCCGCAGUGUGCCUCGAAGGUGCACCCAGGAGCAGCUCCUGACUGAGAUUCAGGACGCGGUGGGCAGCAUGGCCGAUUUCAAUUUCUUUUUUUUGCCUUGGGACUCGCGUAACAAUUACAACUUCGGUUAUGCGUUCCUGAACUUCUGUGACGCGGAUGGGGCGAAACGGUGUCGCGAGGUCUUAAGCGAGUAUCACUUCCGCAUGACAUCGCAGCAGUGCCGUGUGUUCCCAGCCCGCAGACAGGGGCUGGAAAGCAACCUGAUCCACCUCACGGAGUGCGGGCACGGCAAGGGCAUGCCAGUCGUCAUCUGGCGGGGGAAGAGGCUCAGGUUUCCGCAGUUCGCCGCCGCCCUCCACCAGUUCACCGACGCGCCGGUGGGGCACGGGCUGCCGUGCCAGCCCUGCGGCAGCGCGAGCCCGCUCUUCUGGUCCAACACGGCCCUGCCGCAGGAACGCGCGCCGGGGCUCGAGGCCGUGACGACGCGCAGGCCGCCCGCGUCCACCGAGGGCACGACGGCGCCCGGGCCGGUUGCGCAGGCGCCGGCGCUGGGGAAGGGCUCCGCGGAGGAGAAGGUCGUGUCUGAAGCUGUCACUGGGCGUCCGAAGUACAUGUCCAAAGGCAGCCUCCCGGAGAGGUGCGGCAGCAGCGGCAGUCGCGCCCCUGAGGGGGACGUCGGCAUGCACGACGAUUUGGGCCUCCUGCUGGCAGCGGUGGUACUCGCCAAGCGCGUCGCGGCUGCCAGGGGCGAGAGGCGCCCCGAGCUGCUUCGCAUGCCUCCGGCCAGUGCCCCACUGCUGGAGAUGCGCCUCGCGUCGCAAGAUCGCCGGGCCGCCGUUCGAGAUCCACCUUCCUCUCCGCCGCGCGCCUGUGCCUUCUGGGACAUGCUGAAGCCACCCCCCGGCCUGGAGCUCCCGCCCAGCCUCCAGCUCGACGCCCCCCCGAAGCCUGCGGCGCGGCCGGCGGCGCCAGCGCGCCGGCCUGCGCCCGCGUGCCCAGAAGUGUGCGGCGCGCCGGUGGUCGCCCGCGGGCUUGCCGCCCCCCCCGCACCAGCGCGCGAGUCUGCGGGCGGAGUGGUCGGAGGCGUGGCCAGCGAGGGUCGGGCGCGGCCGCCGACGGCGGCGGCGAGUGGGCCGAGAGUCCUCAGGCUGGGGAAGGACCUCCACUCGCGGGUGUUCGAGAAGUUCUUCGAGAGGUGCUCCAGCGACCCCUGGGCCGGAGCUUGACCGUGGCGUCCGUGCCCUCGCUUGCAGGCCGUUCGGCGUGAAUCACACCCUUUUUUUGCCCUGAGUUCCAGGCCAUUUUGCCAUCAGCGCUGGUAAGGUCGCUGCACAUUUUCGCCUGAGAUCCUAUUCGCUCAGACGUUCUGCCCCGUGGAGCGUUUGACUCAAUUUUCAUUCUCAGUGCAAUCCGUCGGCCCCGUGGAGGCGCCGGCACUUACGAAGCAAGCUUAGAGCCAGUGGCUGUUUAACUGUCCUUUUCAGAAUUGUGCCAAUUCAAACACUUUUUACAGAAACUUUGUACGAUUGCUGGCAGUUGCCGUUUCAACAAGCACUUUGUUGCAGUUUGCGUUCGGUGUCUUUAUGCGCGGUUUGCCGCACCGUUCCUUCUAUGUGACAUCAGUGGCAUUAUUGCACGCUUCCUCGGUCACCAGCCAGCUCGAACACUGGAGCUGUGUCCGUCUGGCGCUGUCAGGCAUUGCGGUUGCUCGCAGCUCGGCAGCAGCAGGUGUGCGGGGGAAUGCAGGCGUCGUUCUGCAGUGGCCUUGUCGUGGCAUCUUUCUGUGCUGUGUGCCGCUAGGCGAUGGCCGGGGGGAUGUAGGGAUGAAUCAAUCAGACAUCAUAUACGUGAGAGGGGGAAUGGUAACCAGCCACCAGCCGACAUUGUGCUUGGUGGUCCGCUGUUCGGCAACCUGCAAGCAAGCGAUAAGCGCCAGGUGGGUGGGCC